GAUGAUAGUCUUUCCAGAAGGUACUAGAUAUAAUCCAAGUCAAAAACAAGUAAUGGAAAAGAGUCGAAAGUAUGCUAAAGAACAAGGACUCCCCGAAUUAGAUUACGUAUUAAGUCCAAGGUAUAAGGCAGUUCAACAAUGCCUUAAAUCUCUCGACUCAACUGUCAUGUACAAUGUCACUAUAGCUUAUGAAGGCUCUGUUGAUGAAAAUGGUAAACGUAAACAGGCACCUGGCCUAAUAGAUUUUCUUAACGGUAGAUGUAAGGAGGUUCAUAUACAUAUGGAAAGAAUAGAAACCAAAAACAUACCAAAAGACGAUGCUGGUUUGGGCGAAUGGCUUCACGAUCGCUUUAUGCAAAAAGACAAAAUGCUUCAACGAUAUUACACUGUUGACGGCGCACUAAGCGACGGAGGAAUUGUAAAUACUUUACAGCUGAGAGAAACUAUACCCUCAUUUCUAUUCUUUCUCUCAAUGGCUGUUCCCCUGAUAGUUACCGCGACGGGUAGGGCCCUCUAUUUGAAAGCUAGUUUGGGUUCAGCAGUUUUCUCAUGGAUUUGGAUGGCUAUCACCACCUAA